ACAAAACUUGCGGAUUUCAGAAUGUGCAAACAUGCGCAAUGCCCCGUUUUCCUAUGGAUUGGAGCUCUCGGGACACACCCUGGGGGCGUUCCCAGGCUUGGGGUACGCCCCCGACUCGGGUUAAGGGGCCUGGGACCCAUCCAGUGACACAAGGACAUGCGGGCCCCUCGGUCCCCGCCUCCUGGACUAAUCUUGUUUACAAAUUCGGUGAUUUCCAGUCUACUCUUACCCAUCUGGUAGAAGUACAUCAGGACAUGUGCCAGUGUGAAAAUACCCAGGAUGAGGGUUUAACUAGAGCCUGGUCAGGGAAAAAGUUUCAUUUUCUUCAAAUUCAGAAAACCUCCGGUCUCUUUCUCCAGGAGUUCUUAGAAAGGGCUCUUCGUGUACUUGUAUCCUGUGACUUAAGCAACGUAAAACCAAUCUCGGAUGCUGAAUUCUGGUCCCAGGUUCACACAGUAAAUCCUGUACAGUCUGUACAAGAAUACACUACUGGAGCCAACAGCUUAGAAGAUGAUCUUGAGGAAAUCAACCAUCUUAUUGCUGAAGAUCUGAAAACUGAAAAAGAGAGAUCCUCCUGGCAGAAUAUACAGAUGAGUACAGAUCUUGGUUCUUCGGAAAGGAAUACAGCAAUUCCAACUCUAAGUAGUAGAACUGAAAUCCCCAAUAUUCAACUAAGGCAAUCUGAAAACAUUGUUUCACAUCCAGGCCAUUCACAAGAUAAAGAAAUUAUUUUACAAUCCAGAGGAAAUGGUAGUCAAACAGAACAGAUUUCUUCGGUACGGGGUUACUCUGGCUCUACUGUGCAGAAUAAUGCAGGGCAUCUACCAGUAUCUGCCUUCAGUCUUCACGGAUUGAACCCUCAAAGCUCAAAACCCCAAGGAGGGGUUUUAGGAUCUCCGAGCAGCUCCAGAACAUUGCCAAGACUUCAGAGACCUCCAGAAUUAAAUGAAACUGCUACGCACCAUACUAGUCUUGUCCAGAACUCCCAGACAGCAUCAAUACCUCAAUCUUUAGCUCCAACAACAGUUCCAAGAUUAACUUCACAUCCACAGAAUACGAUACAAAGCUGUUCAUCCUCGUCCUUGCUCCUAACCCCAUUGAACGUAUCACUGCCCGUAAUGCCGGUUAAGACAGCAACUAACCCUUCUUGUCACCAACCUCACUUAUCUCAAGAUAUUGGAAAUAUUCAAGAAAGGCAUCCUAAACCAGGUUCAUCUCGAUUUCAUGAAACGGAUUCAAGAACAGGCGUAUUAGAGUCGGAACAAGAGAAAAAGGAUAAGCAUAUGGCUCCAAUCGAUAGCAGUGGAGUUUCCCUGGCUGCUGGUCUUCGCUGGUUUUGUAAACUCUGCUCAAGAGUUCAUAACUCUAAGGUGGAUUGUCAGCAUUAUGCUUCUCUUCAUAAACCAAGGGAGAUUAUCCUGAACACAGAUUUAGAAACUGGUAUUCCUGAUGUUCUUGAAAAUAAGCCUGGUGGAAUUUUCACAAAGGUUGGUGUUAGAGCAUUUACUAGAUUUGGUCCUAUUCUUGGGAAACAAACAAG